CACAACCUCCCCUAGCUAUCCAUCCCCGGGUGGCGUUGCUUCAGCCGUUUGCCUCACUCUUCGUCAGAUACAUCUGUGACAGCCAUCAAACAAUCUCCAGCCCUUAGUUAUCAGCUCUCACGAACAUUCGAUCACUUGGUUCACAGGAAUGAAUCGGAAAUCAUCAACUACCGGGAGGGGAAUGACCCCACUAGCUGAUACCUCGUCCGUACCUAGACGAACCUCUGCGAGACUGGCUAGAGCAUCCUCAGCAGCUUAUACUGGAAACUCGAACAAUUCAGAAAAUGGAGGCAAUCCCAUAGGCCGGAAGCCCGCGGUGGAAGGGGCGAUGUCUUCUGGAGAUAGACCAUACUCUAUCGAAGUUGCAAUACCUCUGAGGAGAUAUCCGGUCUCAUCUUCAUCUGCUUCUCCCCUUCCAACCGAAGAUAUAUCCGGCGACGAAGACAUAACGCCUGCAUACAGUACACCCGCAACUAGUAUGGCAGUCACGCCUGUGGAAUCAGAUGCAAGCCGACCGAGGAAGAGGGUCAGCGCCUCUACACGUGCUCAGGAAUUACGAUCGAGUGCUAUGUCUUUACAUACACCGCCAGGGUCUAAGAGGUCUUCAGCGGCACUUUCUAUAAGCCAUCCCACGUUGCAAGAUUCCGAUGCAGUAUUGGCUCAGCAUCUUCAAGCUCAAGAAUAUCAAGAACCACCUUUCAAGUUACGAAGGACCUCGAGACGGCUUCACUCCAGAGUGGAAGACUCGACCGAAGAAGAUAGUGUCCUUGGGCUCGAUUCUGAUCGCGAUGCAUAUGAGGAUUUAUCCAGGGGACCGACCACUUCGCGCGGGGUAAGAAGAUCUCUUCGAUCAGCUAACAAGAGUAGCCUCCGCCAGAUAUCCCCUACUGAUGUGGGCGAUGGCGAAUCAAGCGACGAUCCUCUGACUGACAUUGAAUCGGUCUCUUCUGCAUCUUCCUCGGAUGAGGAUGAAGUUCUAGUCCCACCAAGGCGCUCCAGGAUCGGAAAUAUGCGUAAUGCUAGAGGACGAGCCGCCACACGAGGGGUUUCACGCAGAGCGGGCAGAAAUCCUCGCUCAGAGCCAGCAGAGACAGGAAGGAGGGGGUCCCGUGCUCUCAAGGAAAGACUGAAACUUGAAAGGCAGCAUCCAUGCGUCACUACAAUGUGGGAUGAUCUGAGGAACACUCCACCGAUGAAGCCGGUAAUGGCGGAACAACCUCCGGGUAUAUCGAGAGCACUCAAGCCAUUCCAGCUUGAAGGUCUGAGCUGGAUGAUGCAACAAGAAGAAUCACAUUACAAGGGAGGGUUAUUGGGAGACGAGAUGGGCAUGGGAAAGACAAUCCAGGCCGUUUCCCUUCUUAUGUCUGAUUACCCAGCUGGUAGGCCAUCGCUUGUCGUGGUUCCUCCAGUUGCUUUGAUGCAAUGGCGAUCAGAGAUUAAAGAAUAUACGAAUGGUCAAUUGAAUGUCCUCAUCUACCACAAUUCGAACCCGAAGGUCAAAACCCUCUCAAAGCAGGAUCUUCUGGCCUAUGAUGUGAUAAUGAUUUCUUAUUCUGGUCUCGAAUCAAUUCACCGCAAAGAAUUGAAAGGGUGGAAUCGCGAUGAUGGAAUCAUCCAGGAGAACAGCGUCAUUCAUUCUAUUCAUUAUCAUCGCUUGAUCCUGGAUGAAGCGCACAGCAUUAAGCAACGUACAACUAGUGUCGCCCGUGCAUGCUUUGCACUGAAAGCAAACUACAAAUGGUGUCUGUCGGGUACUCCUGUCCAAAAUCGGAUUGGAGAGUUUUUUUCUCUCCUUCGCUUUCUGGAUGUCCGGCCGUUUGCCUGCUACUUUUGCAAGCAGUGCCAGUGCCAGCAGCUUCAUUGGUCACAGGAUGCAGCCAAAAAAUGCACUGACUGCGGGCAUAGUGGGUUCAGCCAUGUCUCAAUCUUCAACCAGGAAAUUUUGAAUCCUAUCACUGAGAGGGAUAAUCCGGAAGGACGCAAGGAGGCAUUGUCGAAGCUUCGCCUCAUAACUGAUAGGAUCAUGCUGCGGCGAAUAAAAAGAGAUCAUACAGCUUCGAUGGAGCUUCCACCAAAGCGUGUCAUUCUCCAUAACGAAUUCUUUGGAGAGAUUGAACGUGAUUUCUCUCGGAGCAUCAUGACUAACACGACGAGGCAGUUUGAUACGUAUGUAAGCCGUGGUGUCAUGUUGAACAAUUACGCAAAUAUCUUCGGCCUUAUUAUGCAGAUGCGCCAGGUUGCGAAUCACCCAGACCUCAUUUUGAAGAAACACGCAGAAACCGGGCAAAACGUACUUGUCUGCUGCAUUUGCGACGAACCGGCGGAAGAAGCAAUUCGUUCCCGUUGCCAUCAUGAGUUUUGCCGAAGAUGCGCCAAAGACUAUGUUAGGUCGUUCGAUGUGGGCUCAAUCGUCGAUUGCCCUCGGUGCCACAUCCCUUUGUCGAUCGAUUUCGAACAACCUGACAUCGAGCAAGAGGAAGAGUGCAUCAAGCAAAAUUCUAUCAUCAAUCGGAUCCGCAUGGAGGACUGGACAUCGUCAACCAAGAUUGAGAUGCUUGUUUACGAGCUCUAUAAACUGAGAAGCAAGAAGCAGACACUGAAGUCAAUUGUCUUCUCCCAGUUCACCUCGAUGUUGCAACUUGUGGAAUGGCGUCUACGUCGAGCUGGUUUCAACACCGUCAUGCUCGAUGGAACUAUGACACCGGCACAACGCCAGAAUUCUAUCGAAUACUUUAUGAACAAUGUCGAUGUCGAAGUGUUUCUAGUUUCCCUCAAGGCCGGCGGUGUGGCUUUGAAUUUAACCGAGGCGUCGAGGGUUUUUAUCGUUGACCCGUGGUGGAACCCAGCUGCAGAAUGGCAGAGUGCAGACCGAUGUCAUCGCAUCGGCCAGCGCCGACCUUGUGUCAUAACUCGAUUGUGCAUUGAAGAUUCGGUAGAAUCUCGAAUAGUUAUGCUACAAGAGAAGAAGGCCAACAUGAUCAACGGUACCAUUAACAAAGAUCAAGGAGAGAAACUAGAGAAGCUUACCCCGGAAGACAUGCAAUUUUUGUUUAGAGGAUCUUAGGCUUGGUCAGGCAGGGGAAGGGAAGAGUAAAGAGGGGGAACGAGUGUUUAGAGAUAGACAUAGGUCAGAGAAUCAGUCAAGAGAACAGCGGAUUAAGUGAAGGGCAGUAGCUAUCUAGACUAGUAUCAGCGGGUGGUGGGGGAGGGAUUUUUGUGAUUUCGCUGGUACAUAACGAUGACGGCGUUCUUGAUGGUGGGAGAGCAGGUACAAUUCGGACACGGUGGAUCAAAGGAUCUCACAUCUACAUGAAGUCUACGUAUGCUCUGGGGCCUCGGUACAUACUAGAUACUCUACGC